AUGCCUUGCGAGAUGCACAUGGGAGAACACAUGUUCCCCCUCGUGCUCGUAAACGGAAAGCUCAAGCAACACCCCGAUAAACCCCUCGUUUACGGCUACCAGCACGAUCUAGAGGGUAUCUGGUGGAUCAUUCUCUGGUUUGCCACCAUGCGGAUCGACCAAGACCUCUGCCGUGAAUUCGGUGACUUGCACUUCCAGCAGCCGAUCGACCGGGGCUGUAUCAGUCGACGUUGGACACUCUUGACGAGUUGA